CUCCAGUCGCAGCGUGUCACAUGGAAUGUUGAGGUAGACACAAAAUGCCGCGUUCGUUCCUGGUUAAGAAGGGUAAAAACCCAGUUGAGCAUGGAAGCAGAUGGACUUACAGAGAACCUUCCAGUCCAACUGAAGCUGCACCGGCACCAAGUCCUCCUUCGCCGUCCCAUCAAUGUACUGCCGUCCGAUUUAACACCGGCUAUACUUCCGAUAUCACAGCAUCCGACCACGAUAGUUCCACCGGAAGUUGGACGUACGUGAAACCCGGCGAUGAUUACGGCAUACAGACAAAUUUGGAUACACCAGAGCUGUGCACGAACACCAACCCCUCCGAUCCUUUCUCAACGAGUUCAACAACAACAAUUGGCUACACAUACGACGCAUUCUUUAUCAGCGAUGGUCGCUCGAGGAGAAGAACAACCAUAGGAGUGCCUGAAAGAGAACGACCACGUUACACAUGUACCGAGUGUGGUAAACACUACGCUACUUCAUCUAACCUGUCCAGACACAAGCAAACCCAUCGUAGUCCCGAUUCGCAACUAGCCAAAAAGUGUCCCACGUGUAGUAAAGUGUACGUAAGCAUGCCUGCUCUAGCCAUGCAUAUUUUAACUCACAAUCUCAACCACAAGUGUAAUGUGUGCGGGAAAGCAUUCUCCAGGCCCUGGUUACUUCAGGGCCACAUGAGGUCCCACACAGGUGAGAAACCAUUUGGUUGUGCGCAUUGUGGUAAAGCAUUCGCUGAUCGUUCCAACUUAAGGGCACAUAUGCAGACCCAUUCUUCCCUAAAACAUUUCCGCUGUCAAAGAUGCAAUAAAACAUUCGCACUUAAGUCCUACUUGAACAAACAUUACGAAUCGUCUUGUUUUAAAGAAGAAAGUAAUGCGAAUCGAACCAAUAAUGUUCCUGACCAUAAUGAAGUUACAACAAACGAAUUUCAAGUAUAGAAGAUAGGGAAGAACGGGUUACAUUGCUCAAAGUGACAAACAAUAUAUUAAAUAAAUGCUGCUAGCUUCUUUGCUCUCGUUAAUUUAUUUACUUUUUAGCAAUAAUACAAAGCAAUAACUUUUAAUUUUAAUCACAUAUAACGCGUGAUGCUAAUUACGAGUGAUGCACAUUGAUAAGUUUAUCGAGUUAUCAAAGCAAAAAUUGUGUAUCCAGAGCAAUAAAACUUUUAUAAUUUCAGAAUGAAAUAAUAAAAAAAUAUAUAUAUAAUAUAAAUAUAUAUACAUAUGUAAAUUCACAGCAAUAAAUUUGAAUAUAUAUUUAUUUAUUUAUGGAAUUUUAUACGUGUUGUUUUUCCUCGUUUUCUUUGCUUAAAAUGUGUAAAUUUUUGGUUGAAGAAAUGCCAUAACAGAUUCUGGAUAACGAUUACCUCAAAAAUCUGUAUUUAUGCAUACAUAUAUACAUUGAAAAAUACCUCCUAAUACUGUUG